AGCACCAAAAGUCUGGAAGCAAUACUAAAAAAAAAUAAAUAAAUAAAACACUUUUUGGAUGUGCUAGCAUUGCAUGCUCAUUUUUUAAAGAGAAAUGCACAACUGGCAUAAACUGAGGCCAAGUUUUAAGAGCUCUCUUCUUUCUUAGAACCUCCUCGCACCCACUCUUCCCACUCCUCUCCCCACCCUCUCCUCGAUCGCGCACCAACUCUUUCUCAAACGCACGCAAUAUACAUGCAUGGCCCAACACGAAGCGACCUCGGAAGCAUCACUCUCCUCCUCCACCUCCACCUCCACCUCCACCACCAACUGGGGCGAUGCCCACGGGAACCCGCUCUCUUCGUGGACCUCCAUGGGCCAAUGGCUGCAGGCCCACUACUCCCCCGCCGCCGCCGCUGCCGCCGCCGCUUCCGACGACGAUUACACCAACGUGCACGCAGGCCUCACCAUGGACUCGUCUUCAUCGUCGUCCGCCAACGCCGACAUCUCCGGCGAGACCAACUUGUGGAACCACGUUCUACUGAGCACUGGUUUAAGAGGCCCAAGCACACAACACAAUCACGACAUUGGAGAAAGCUUCCCCGAAGUGAUUCGUCGCAAAAGCUUCGCGCCACCGGAGACCUUCGACCCCGCCUUCGACUACCUAAAGAAGAUGGACAACAACUGGGAGUUCGCAAGUGCACCUCCCCUCGCAAACAGCUUCGGAAAACAGCUGAAUUGCUACCACCGGAACACGAUCGAGCCCGAGAGAAUGACCGACUUAUCAGAUUUGGUCAGCAACUGGUCUAUAGCUCCGCCCAUCCCGAACAUCGAUGAUCAUCACAUUAAUGCGCCAUCGGUGCGCCAUUUUUCUUUAGGGCCGAAUAUUUCACACGUCAAGCAUGCAAUCCCUAACUCAUCUCCUUCGUAUACUCGCGUCGACUUGUCGCACUACUAUAAUGACGUAAAAGGAGAGAGCCAUUACCAAGAUUUGAUCAGCGUCGAUAACUCGGUGAUAGGACUCGACAACAAGCUUUGCGGUAGUGGAAUGAUGGAGGAGUAUUCGUGCUCGAACGCAAGGAAUAUAUCUGAUCUAAUAUCUUUUAGUGGCAACAUAAACGCAUCGGAGGUCGAAUUCAGAGCUGCAAACUCUUGUUCGAAAAGUUCAGAUCCAUCAGCUGGUAACUCCACUUCAUUGACGCGGGCAAGUAGUAGAAGCAGUGGAACAAGCGAUGCGAAAAAGAAAAGAUCUGAAGAGAGUUCAGAAGCGCUUCUUAAGAAGUCGAAACGUGAAAGCUCGACGGCGUCAUCUAACAAGUUGCAGAUAACUAAAGCAAAGUUGGGAGAUAAGAUCACUGCGUUACAGCAAAUUGUAUCACCUUUUGGAAAGACGGAUACUGCAUCAGUACUACUCGAAGCAGUAAACUAUAUCAGAUUUUUGCAAGAACAAGUGCAGUUACUCAGCAACCCAUACAUGCGAUCAAGUUCAAGUAAGGAUCAUAAUGCAUGGGGAGGAGGGUUGGAGAGGAAGGACAAGGUGGAUGCACAGCUUGAUUUGAGGAGUAGGGGGCUUUGCUUGGUUCCUGUUUCUUGCACUUCUCAUGUGUAUCGAGAUAUCACUGGGCCGGAUUAUUGGAACCAACCAUAUAGAAGCUGUUUGUAUAGAUGAAUCAAAGCUCUAAGAACCUUGCCUUUUUGACUUAGCUUUAUUUAUGCUAAUAGCUUUUAUAGGAUUUAAUUAAGACAUAUAAGUGAACAUCCAUUUUUCUAGUCAUUUUACCUAAUUUGCAUUACUAUUGAUCCUUUUUACCAUUCGCUAUAAUUUACUUUCUCUUUCUUAUUUUAUAAGUACCGAGUAAUUCAAACUGAUCACCUAAAUUUAUUUUGUUUGUACGUCGUUUUACCUUUCUCUAUUGAGUUGUUGGUAUAUUAAUAUAGUUGACAAAAAGGAUCCUAUUAGUUCACACUAGGGAUGCAAAUGGAGCUGGUCCGGGAGCGAAAGGAGUCCCUACCUUCCGCCCCAUUGUUUAGCUUUUGUUCCCAACUUACCUUUACCUUCAGAUAGGGACGGAUCGGGAGCGCAUGUAUUGGCAGAUCGGGACAGAUAAAGAGAAGAAAAGGUCUUUGGGCUCCUGCUCCGCGGAUCGAGCGGAUUUGAAGCGAGUUAAUUUUUUUUUCUGAUUUUUUGUCCCUACUUACCGCCCCAUUUAUGGCGGAUCAGAGCAGAAGCUCCGUCAACCCGGAUCCUUUUGCAUC